CAAAGAGCUACACUGUAUUUUUGCAGCAACAGCCUUUAUGGCUAGUAAACGAGUGGGUGAAGGAUAAGUACAAACGAGUAGAGAGUUAUACAUGAAACACAAGUUAGACACUAGUUGAUAAGAUCUACAUGUACAUGCAUGGGAAGUAUAUACAUGGGAAAAGUGCCUCAGAGCAGGUAUACUAUGGGACUUAGUAUACCGUAUAGCGGGUAAGUUUCGUGGGAUAAAAAAUUCGUUCAACUCGAGAAACGGUGGUUUUCGUGAGUAAAAUUUACCAAAGCCACUUUAGUACCCUCGCUACGCUCGGGAUACUAAAUCAGUGCCUUUGGGCUUCUAAAUCCCAUAGACACCUCCAAAACAGUGUCUAACUCUACUAGUGUCAGUAGUGUGCAUGCGCAAACCGCUUGACUACAAUAUAAUUACUUGACAACAGAAUACUAGAUACCGUAUAGCAGGUAAUUUUCGUGGGGUAAAAUAUUCGUUAUUUUCGUGGGCAGGCUGACCUCCACGAAAUUUUAACGUAGGCGUGGCUUAUCGGAACGUAGGAAUGCCGUGCAGCCACGAGACUAAAUUAUUUUUACUCACGAAAACCACCGUUUCUCGAGUUGAACGAAUUUUUUACCCCACGAAACUUACCCGCUAUACGGUAUACUAAGUAAAUUUGCAGGUAUACUAAGUCCCAUAUAGUAUACCUGCUCUGAGGCACUUUUCCCAUGUACUUCCCCCAUGUACUUCCCAUGCAUGUAGAUCUUAUCAACUAGUGUCUAACUAUUAUUUAGUAAAUCUUAACAAAAAUAAUAAAAAAAUAUGGGUAAGAGCUAUUAUUUCGCACAUGCGCAUAUAUACAAGGUGUAUACCACGCCUUUCUCUUCACGGCCUGGAAUCGAGGCUAGACUCUUUUCUCCAUUAUCACAUUGAAGGUAGCCUAGCCUCGGCCUCCCAGACAGCUAGACUGAGCUGUGCACCCGUCUUGUUCACAUAGAAAUAAUAAACAAAUAUAUACACUUCAAGCGCAUGACUCAUACGGAAAUUGCAUUAUAGAUCUCAUGCCAUGAGAUCUAUAAUGCAAUUUCCGGGCCUUUUGUUCUCAAUACUAUCAUAGUUUGGUGGUUUUCUGCGAGUGUCAAUAAUAUAGGAUGGAGUCACGAUGUCGCUCCAGCCAGAAAGCUAGGGACCCGUCGCUCUGGUUUGUCAUGAGUGCUCUUCCUGUGAGCUAGCUAUAUGGGCUGAAGUUAUUUUGAUGUAGUAAAUAUUAUUGAUGCAUUCUGUUUCAUCUAACUCUGCAAUGCAUGCAGAUAGCUUCAGUUAUGUGGAGUUUUGUCAUUAAAUCUAGCUAAAUACUUCCUCAAAUUAUGUGUUUUAUUAUUGCACUGUGUAUUUCUUUUCAUGGCAGUUGCUAUGCGUUGUUCUGCACUGGAGUUAAAUGUGAUCGUGAUACAAGAGGACGACCUAAUUUUGUGUCCCGAGGAAAUUGAGUACUGAAGAAUCUGAUAUCUCCAGAAGGUGGUAUAUAAGAUAUAGAAUACACCUAGAGCUAUUUCAUCACGUGAGCGAUUUAGCCAGCCGCCCACGUGGUAUACAGAAUUACAUGCAACGUUUUAAUUAGUUACUAAUCGCGGUGUGAAGUUCUCUGCAGUUUUUAUUAACAUUUUCCAAAACAAUCCAUUGCCAUCUUACAGCUUUGACACUUCAUUUGAGUCAGCUCUCUAGCUAGCAAGUGAAACCAUAAAUUGAUGAAACUGAGCUAGGCCCACGCCCAUUUUCUCUAAAUGUACGGUCUAUAUACUAGCUGUAGAACAUAAUUAGGGGCAAGCUAGCAGCAACAAGGCAAGACUCUCUGCACAACACGCAGUGGCCUACACACUUUUAUAGUGAUGCCCAAGAUCCGAGUCGCGCUUAUCAAGAGGCACCUGACUCCCUUCUAGCAGUCUAAACAAAUGCCUGCAUUUGCACCUCAGUUGACGAAAGAAAAACUUCACCAGUGCUUGUUCAGUAUGAGUGCUAUUAAUCCUUUAUUAUGCCUCAAGGCGUAGCCACGAGGGAUACGGUAAAGCUGAAUGUGUGUGUGUCUGUCUGUGUGUGUGUGUGUGUCUGUGUGUCUGUUCCAGCUGUAACUGCUCAACGGUUGCAAUGCGACGAAAACUAACAGCUUCUAUAGGCUUCUAGCCACGUUCUCUUGGAUUUUGAUUCGUGGAUUAGCAAACUAAAGCUUCUUUCUCGAGUUAUGGCUAGUUUGACUCACAUUGAAGGCUGUUGCAGUCUCUUUAGAAUCUUCUGUCCGCACAAACUUUCUAUUCAACAUAUGAGUUAGCCUUGCACUAAAGCGCUAGCUUUUUGUUAGCUACAAGACUCAGAAAUUACCUGUUAAAACAGCUAGCUAGCUAGCAGUAGCUAGCAUUUGUGAAAUUUAAUUAUUCCUGUGGAUGUAAUGCGCAUGCGCGCUCAUUCCCCAUGUGUGAUAUCCAAGAUCCAGAUCCAGAUCCUCCUGGCAGAAUCAUGAGGGCCUGGUAAGCCACAAAACACUACUAUAUAACAAUAUAGAUAACAAUAUGCAUGUACACAAGUCUUUUCUUCUUAGAUAUUAUAUACACUGAACUACAGAUCCGGGCUGGAAGAAUCAAUUUUCUUCUUUCUUGAGGUCCUGGUAUUAAAAGCCACAUAAUACAACAAUAGAUGCAUGUAAAUAAGUAUUUUCUUCUCAGUGACUUUAUAUAGAUAAGCUAACUUUAUGAAAUAAUUAAAUUAAUUAGUAAAAUUAUGCACUUCCGCUUAUAAUUAAUUGAAAACAAAAUCUUCUUCUUUGUUGCUUCCUAGAUCCUUGAGGUCCUAGUAUAAGCAGCCACUAAACACAACAAUGAUACCAUAAUUAUACAAUUGAAGUCAGUUUUAGACAGAUUAUUUUAUACACUUUUCCUCUUCUAUACUUCCUCUUCUAUACUUUUGAGCGAAAGCAAAUCAUGGCGAGAGGCAUUAGCACAGCGCCAGCUUGAACACUAGUUGCAUGAUGAGUAACCAUUUCUAAUCGUGUAUGAUGAACUUCUCUUUUAACAUUUUCGGCCGCGGUCGUUUUUCGAAAACAAUACGUUGUCAUUGACAGCGUGCAAUUACUUGACAGGUAAUUGCACGCUGUCAAUGACGACGUGCAAUUACUGGACUAGGUGUGAUACAAGACGCGAUUAAUUGCUGUACACUCUCCAGUCACUAAUAGCACAUUACAAUUACACCAAAAACAGUUUUCUUUGUUGAUUAUUAUUAUCAUUAUCAAUCAAUGUUAUGAUUGAGUGAAUGGUUGCAUGUUUGUGAACAUGAAUAAUAAAUUAUGACUGAUUGCUAGAUUAUUAUCCUAGGCUAGGAUAAUAUUAUAACGUUUUUUUAAGGUCAUAACUAGGUCAUAGUAUAAAGUAGAUAGUAGAUCUAUAUAGGAUCUAUGUACGUGCUAUAUAGAGAUUCUAUACAGUCAGUGCAUAAAUGAAGCUGAAAGGCUUAGUUUUACUAGCUUUUGCUGUAUCUCUGUUAGAACUACUUGUACUCACACUAGAUAUACGUAUCUAUGAUCUACUACAACAACAGAACGUUCAUACGGCAAUAAGUCGUUUUAGAAGAUUGAAUUCGUCUCUUGUGGAACGAAGUCUCAACAAGAAGGGCUACUCAAUCUCUGAUCUGCCCCCCAAACCAGCUCUCUGGACAGACAAAAUUCACCAAAAUGGAAGUUUCAAUUCGUCUCUUGUGGAACGAAGUCUCAACAAGAAGGGCUACUCAAUCUCUGAUCUGCCCCCCAAACCAGCUCUCUGGACAGACAAGAUUUACCUCUGCAUAAACUUCAAUCUUAAUAAUGUUAACCCAGGCAAACAGGUCACUGAAACCCUGUUAUCAUACUAUCUUCCAUUCUUCAAAAACAUCACCCUCAUAUUUAAUGGAGACAACUGGUCAAGGCCUGACUAUGUGCCUGAGUUUGUGGACGUCAUCAGUUGUGACUCUCAUCGUGGUUGGUAUCAGCACAAGUGCAUACGAUCGUGCAUUCAACGUGGCUCUGAAGAGGCUAAAGGUUUCCUGUACAUUGCUGACGACAUGUUCAUCAACCUAACAAAAAUGGCCGAGCUACCAACUACAAAACUGUGGAGUGUUGGAAGUCCAGUAUGCAACUACUCAUCAAUACAGAUUCCAGGCCACAAAGGUUGCAAAUGGUACUGGUGGGAUUCUCCGACCUAUGGAGCAAAGAACCUGAAUAUUGUAAUCAAAAGUUUACCAGCCAAAUGGAAGGAGCAGCUGGUGAAUAAAGCUGGUUUUCCGGACCAUUUCAGGGCACAUUCUAUUUCUGACAUCAUUUACAUCCCUCAAGCACUUGUUACGGACAUGACACAUGUACUUGAUCACAUUAUAAACACAACUGAACUAUUUUGCGAAAUUGCAACUAACUUAGCCGUGAAUAUUGUGGCUCCUGGUAGAACUGCUAGAACCACAUUGGUGUAUGGUUAUCUAUGGAGGAGCGAUAGAAGUGUUGCAGCCAUUAAGAAAAUGGCAACUAUUGCACACUUUGUGCAUCCAGUCAAGCUUGGAAUUCAGGAUCAUCGUGACAUUUGGAUUCGGUACAUGGAAAAGCAACUGUCUGCCACGAGUAUAUCAUAGCAAUCUAUAUACAAUGCACUUGUCUGUUAGACUUUAUUGCCGGCACAAUGAGUAUAAUUAUGGGCAGAUUAAAGUAUUUCCUAUGCUAUAUGUAUUUGACAUGUUUCAUUACUACCAAAACAACCCAUAAUUGUAUUGCACCCAAGAG